AUGAAAAUUACAAAAUUGGCACAAGAUGGCCGCCAGUGUCGCCUGAGCCGCCCCGGCCAUCGAGUUGGUGUUUUGACUGGGCGAGAAAAAGCAUCUUUUGUCAUGGAAAAAAGCAAAUUAAUUCAGUUUAAUGCAAGACAAAAGAAAUAUUGGUUCCUCUGUGACAUCUGUAAUCAUAUAUUCUUCGACGAAGUCGACUUGAAGGACCAUGCCAACAAGCAUGGAGACAAGAAAUGUUACGUGUGUGUGGAAAUUGUGCCAGACCACCUUCACCGCCACGAGGACAAUACUAAAACAAACAGUUUUAACUUUGAAACAUACGACACAAAUUCCCAACGUGCUUCCUCCCCAACACAGGUAAUCAACACCUCCUCAAAUGACAGUUUUUCUCGUAACUCGUUUACGAAAAACCCUAAGAUGAAUGCUCAAGACCUGAAAAAUAGUUUGUUUACAUGCUGCAUCCAAGACUAUUUCUCCUCUUUUCAAGAGCUGGAAAAGAAUGAGUAUCAAAAGCACGAAAAGAAUAUUAUAUGCGAGACUUGUGGUCAGAUUUUCUUCACGCAGGAAAACUUCCAAUGCCAUCAGCUCCAGCACCAAAGUGAAAUUGUGAAGUGUGACGUGCAUGGAGAUUCAAUCAGGCAAUUAGUUCUUGAGAAUCACUUACUGACACAUAGCAGAUCGUUCUCGUGUACACAAUGUGGCAAAACAUUCAAAUCAAAUUAUACUUUAUGGAAGCAUAAAGAAACUCACUCGAAGUCAAGUGAUGUACAAAGAAGACAUAGAUCACUCCCCUCUGUAUCUACACCACAAGUGACACAGCAAACUAACAAGCCCCAAAAUUCACCAAUUUGUUUUUGUAAUAUUUGUGGAAAAAUAUUCAAGGAAUGCAAUUUCCAGAAACACUUACUGGUACACACAAACCGGUUCUUGUGUACCCAAUGUGGCAAAAUAUUCUCACGCAAAUACUCAUUAAAAAGACAUGAAACAGUUCAUGCAAAGCCAGGAAAUAGAUCAAGAGAAUGUGAUCCUUCCACUGUGCCUAAACAACAAGAGAAGCAACAAAUUGACCAGCCCAACAAGUCACAAGAGUGGCAGUGUAACAUUUGUAGAAAAAGUUUCCUGAAAAGGAAUACCUAUAGGCACUUACAAACACACAAAAGACGGUUCUCGUGUACCCAGUGUGGGAAAACAUUAGCAACAAGUUGGAGUUUGUGGAGACAUGAACAGAUUCAUUCUAAGUAUAAUGAUGGAUCAAGAGAACACAGCGAGGCCCAUGAAAAUGUUCAUUUAAAUUCAGGUGAUGGAUAAAGAGAACAUAGGUCGCCCUCCGCUGUGUCUACACAAGUGAAACAGCAGACUGACCGACCCAAAGAAUCACCAUUUGCUAUUGUGAGAAAAAUGCUGAUGAAAUACAAUCUCCACACUCUUACUUUUGCACUCAAGAAGGAUCCCAUGCGCCCAAUGUGACAAAACAUUCACACAAAAAGAUUGACUAAAAAGACAUGAAAACGUUCAUCAGAAGUCUGGUGAUGGACCAACAGGACAUAGUUCGCCCUCCGCUGCAUCUGCACCUCAAGUGAAACAAUAAAACUGUCCAGCCAAAAAUGCUUCACCUUCAUAAAUCUCAAUACGAACAACUAUGAGUCGAGCUCAGGGUCAAGAUUUUAUCAUUGCAAAUCAUUUUAUCAUUGUAUGGUAUACAAAGAGCAAAAUAUUACGUACGAAUGUGGUUUAUUUAGUAUAAUCAUGUUAUUUCAAAUCAAAUAUAUCGGUCACAAAUUCCUCUGACAAACUGACCGACAAUGACCAAUAAUUAUUAUUUUAUGAACUAAUAUAUGCUAUGGUUUAUCAAUAAAAGGAAGCAACUCGAGAAUAUUGUGAGUGCAAUUAAAAUCUGAAUUCUCUCUCCAAUUUUAAAAUCAGCACUAUGGAGAGAUGGCAUACGGACACCAAAUAUGCUUUCGUGUGACAAAUUAAGUGUUCCACAUAAUUUCAUAAAGACAGAAGCUUCAAGUGGAUGGUAAUGGAAAGAGAUUUGUGACAAAAAUGUAUAGUUUGACAUAGAGAGAAGCACGCAUUUUAUUUUAUAUACAGUACUUUAAGGAAGUAUUCCUUUAGAUGUUUUAUGGAGCGGGUCAUUUCCGAGGAAACAUUUAUAUUUAUGUAUUUUACAAGUUGCUCAAUUGGCGCAUAAUUUUGUCAUUUGCAAAUUGACUUUUAGAAAAUAAAAUAAUAUACUAAAUGAUUUUGAGGGAUGCAAUAUUUUGAUUUUGUAACUUGAGGGAUCCAAUACUUUAAAUAAUUAUAAACAUGAAAUACCUUGUUUACCAGGAAAUAAAACAACUUGUUCUAGUAGAAGUAAUUUUAAAAAUAUUAUUAGGAUGAAUGUUAAUAUUAAUCCAAAGUGCUGAGUAAUUUUUUUUUUAUUUAUGAAGUUUAAGAUUAUUAAUGUAAGGAAAAAUGGAAA